AUUUACGAAUUUUGGAUGUUCAAAGAGUUCGGGAAGGAUCCGGAUUCUUCCAGAAGCUCUCAAAACUCUCCAGUCUUCAGAAAACUCCCAACUCUAUCAGACCAUAACUGACCCAUAUCCUCCCUCUCUCUCCUCCCUCCCUCCCUCUCUUCCCCCGCAAUCUCUGAAUUAAGGGGGAGAAAAAAUGAGCAGACGAUCGAGUCGCACUAUAUACGUGGGCAAUCUGCCCGGAGAUAUUCGUAUGAGAGAAGUUGAAGAUUUGUUUCUCAAGUAUGGGCCAAUUGUUGACAUUGAUCUCAAAAUCCCUCCGAGACCGCCAGGUUAUGCUUUUGUUGAAUUUGAAGAUCCUCGUGAUGCUGAUGAUGCAAUUUACGGCCGGGAUGGGUAUGACUUUGAUGGGUUUCGUUUACGGGUUGAAUUAGCACAUGGUGGCCGACACUCCUCAUCAGAUCGCUAUAGCAGUUACAGUCGUAGUAGCAGUAGCCGUGGUGUUUCCCGGCGCUCUGACUAUCGUGUACUGGUCACUGGAUUGCCUCCUUCUGUUUCGUGGCAGGAUCUGAAAGAUCACAUGCGUCGAGCUGGUGAUGUCUGUUUUUCACAAGUGUUCCGUGACCGUGGUGGCAUGACGGGAAUUGUAGACUACACAAACUACGAGGAUAUGAAAUAUGCUAUCAGAAAACUUGAUGACUCUGAAUUCAGAAAUGCCUUUGAUCGCUCUUACAUACGGGUGAGGGAGUACGAUUCUAGGCGUAGCUAUUCCAGAAGCCCCAGUUAUGACUAUAGACGGAGCUACUCUAGAAGCCCCAGUCGUACUCCAUAUAUGUCAAGAAGUCCAAGUGUCAGCCGCAGCUAUAGCUAUGGUGGCCGGAGCAGAAGCAUAUCACCGGAGGCAACAUGCCCACGUUCCCGCUCAAGAUCUUGGACAAGAUCUAGGUCUCCAAACUCUUCUCCUCGUCCCAGGACUCUGAGCAGACCGAGGUCAAGAUCCAGAAGCUUAUCUGAGUCUCUUUCGCCUUAUGCACGGUGAGCUCUGAAGGAAGCGUCUUUGUAGGUUCCAGACGCCAUCUUGAGUAUCGUUUGUCUCUUCAGAGACGGAAGUUAAGAACUUGAUGUACUAUAAUACACAUUCGGAUUCAGAUUAGGACGUACCUUGAACGGUCGUGAUUUGCAUCUAUGAAGUCUGUGUAUUAAAAGUGAUCUUCUUGACAAUGCUGUCUGUAGCUGAAUUGGUUUGUGUAUGUCCCGCAGUUGCGUUGCUAACGCAAUCUUCUGAAUUAGAAAUGGUCUUAUCGUUCAUUG